AUGGCAGCCUUGAUUUGUGAGCCCAGUGGUCAGAUUAAUCUUGAGAACAUUGAGCAAUCUUUCAUGAGACCUUAUGGCGAGGAGCUUCCUGAUUUCGAUAACACGCUCGUCGCGACACUCAGUCACGAGAAUGCACAAACUGGCCAAAAAUUCACCAUUCCUAUUUAUGCCAAAGGCCAUUUCCAUGUAGGGAGAGACCCGAAUUGUGAUUUUUCAAUUGAUAGCAUAAUCGUUUCCAAGCAACAAUUUCGCAUCUACGCGAUUAUAUAUGAUGCAGAAAAAUUGGACGAGUAUCCUCCUUCAAUCUACUGCGAAGAUCUUGAAUCUAGGAACGGCACCUAUGUCAAUGAUGUAUUGAUCGGAAUACUUGGGAAUGAAAGAAUUGGACAUCUUCUAGUUGAUGGGGACUUGAUUGAAAUCCGACGUGAUUGGAAGUUUCGAUUUCACCAACCAAGAUCAAAACUGAUAUCACAUAUGUCCUUACCUGAAUUCGAAGUUCAGCAUUUCCAAGAUCGCUUCAUUAUCUCCGAUCACGUUCUUGGUAGUGGUGUUGCUGGAGAAGUAUUCCUCGCCAACAGUGUUAGCACGUCGAAGCAGAUGGCUUGCAAGGUUGUCAAAAUAAAACACUCAAGGAAUCCGCUUCCCAGUUCUAGAAGUGGCUUAGUCUCGGGCCGGACUUGUAUGGAAUCAGUUCAGCAACAAGAUGCCGACUUUGAAAGUAAAUCAUAUCUACGAGAGAUUGACAUACUGUCCAAACUCGACCAUCCGAAUAUCAUCAGCAUUCAGAAAGCCUUUCUUUCCAACGAUAGGCUCUAUAUGUUCACAGAGCUUGCUGCCGCAGGAGAUCUCUACACCUACUUCGAUUCUUGUGAUAAUAGGCUUGGAGAUGCUCAUGCCCGUCUCAUCACGAGACAAAUCGCUCUAGCUCUGGAAUAUCUUCACUCGAAAGGAAUCGCACAUAGGGAUAUCAAAAUGGAGAAUAUUCUCAUCACAAACACCGAUAUAGGAUCUCGAGUCAUCCUAACAGAUUUUGGUCUUGCCAAUCACACGGAUAAAGCAACCGGUAGACUUUUCUCUGCAGUAGGUACGGAGGGUUAUGUUGCACCGGAAAUUGUAGGUUCCAAUCUGACUCUAGGUCGUGGCUAUACAACCGCAGCGGACAUGUGGUCGUUUGGAAUAUUGACAUGGAGUCUGCUCACUGGCGAGAGUUCGAUUCCUCGAGGUCGAUUGUCUCAACUCGAAGAAAUUCAAGCUACAAAGAACUUCCUUUCGUCAGAUGAAAAAGAGGCAGCACAAAAGUGGUCCUACCUUCACUCGAGAGCUCGUUCAUUCUUGCGCGGUCUUUUGGCCAGUGAUGCAGGACAGCGUAUGACUGCUGUUCAAACAGUCAAUCAUCCAUGGUACAAAACCCCUCCGGUUUCCACCGGAUUGGAGCAGGCAUAUGAGCGAGUUACGAAAUUUUGGAAACCCCGAGAUAACAGCAAAGAUAUUCUAGAAUAUCUACCUGGUUACAUCGAGCCGACGGUGGGGGGUGAAGGUCCAGUUCGUCGAAAACGUUUGCCUGACGUUUCGAUGUCGGCAUACUUCGGCCUUGACCGUCAUUUGCAAUCAAGGUCACCACAUAUGGCGAAACGCAGACGGAUACUUGAUGACUUGAAAGAUUCCGGAGAAUCUUUCGUGGAUUCGGACUCACAACAGAACGUUCCUACGCACAGCCCGCGGAGGUCAAAAUAUAUUCCGAUAAAAUCGGUUUCUGGUAUCGAUUUAUUCGGAAGUUAUACAGCUUUAGUGAAUAAGCAGGCAGCAAAUAAUCCGAGGUUCAACUAUGAGAGAUCAUCUCCUAGAGAUGGUAUGAGCAAAGCAGGAACGACCCAGAAAGCGAUAGGAAAUUGGGAAGGUCAUCUUGCGUCUCCCAUUAAAGCUGGCAUCGCUCGUUCAAACGCUUCGAAUGAUGCAAGAUCCAGGAAAGAGUCGGACCCUACCAAUCAAGGAAUACACGAUGCCGCCUUACAGCGUGUAACUAAAUUUUGUUCAGCUAAGGAUUUCAAGGAUGAGGUUAAUCGAAUCAGAAAAGAGAAAAUCAAAAAAGCUUGA